CAUUGUAGACGGCAAAUAUUUAUGUAUGAAUUGUAUGUGGACAGCCUACAAGAUGUGAUCUCGCGGGAUUUGCCAUGGUGGAUGAGAAAGGUAGUUGCUUAGCACAGCCCAUGAUUAAAUUGUUCCAUCUGGGAUCUAUCUACCCACUAUUGCAGUAGACAUGUAAAAUGGUAAGGGUUAUUGUUAAGGCUAGGGUAAGAGCAGGGGUUAAGGUUAGGCACUGACCAUUUCAUCACCGCGCACCGGGCACUGCACAGGUGGCGUCAGCACCCUUCUGGUGAGCGAGCGCGCCGCUGUUUUUGCGUGACCUGAUUGGAGAAUUAGACGGGGCCGCUCUCUUCCAUCAGCUCCGUAUUUACCCGGUAACCCGGUCCACUCACACAAUCAUUCAGGCCACCCCACCCCACCCACUUUCCCGCUGCUGGCAUCUACAAUCGUCCACCCGAGUCGAUGCUAGCUGGAAAAAGAAGAGCAGAAAUGAUGUCGGUCUCGGUGGUGUUCAUUGGAGUGCUGAUGCUGCAUUUGGUCUCCUCACAGAACGACACAACACAACCUAACUCAACCCCCAAAGAAAGUCCUAACCUACUCCCACCACCCACUAGCCUCUCUCCCAGCCUAGCAGUCCCAGUCCCCGACACGUCCCCAAAAGAGCCUUCCAUAAACUCGUCGGACCACAUCAUGCUGCCCACUGAUCACCACAGCCUGCCCAUCACUUUACAGUGCAACCUAACUUCAGCCCACAGUGCCCACAUCGAGAGCUUCUGGAUGAAGAAUGGAGAGGAGAUCGAAGACACCCGCAGAGAGAGAGCCAACACUGAGUACUACCUGAAGAAGCCCCGAGGAGAGGAUUCAGGGGAGUACAUGUGUGUCUACACCUUCGAUCGGGUCCUGUCUGCUAACGCCACCAUCGAGAUUAAAGCUGGUCCUGACAUCAUAGGCCACAAGCGUAGUGACAAUAAGAACGAGGGCCAGAAGGCCUUGCUCUACUGUAAGUCCACUGGCUACCCCUACCCUAUCUGGACCUGGCGCAAACUGGACAACGGGUUCUACAUGGACAUCAACAACUCCUCCGGCCGUUUCUUCAUUAACAACAAAGACAACUACACUGAGCUGAGCAUCAUCAACCUGGACAUCGACUCCGACCCGGGGGAGUACCAGUGUAACGCCACCAACAUGAUCGGCACCUCGUCCAUCGUGUCUGUGCUGCGGGUCCGGAGCUACCUGGCCUGGCUUUGGCCUCUGCUGGGCGUCCUGGCCGAGGUCAUCAUCCUGGUCAUCAUCAUCGUGGUCUAUGAGAAACGCAAGAAGCCAGACGACAUACAAGAUGAUGACGAACCAGCUGGACCAAUGAAAACUAACUCCACCAACAACCACAAAGACAAGAACCUUCGUCAGAGGAACACAAACUGAGCAGAUUGAUGUCUCAUUAUUAAUAAUAACAUAUUAUACAUGUAUUGACCAUAUGAAGGUAACCAGGAGAGGGAUCCAUAGCAAUGUGUUAAUGAGGAGGAGGAGGAGGAAGAGGAGGAGGAGGAGGAGCUACUGUAAAUGUCUGUAUUGUAUGAUGAGGCAUGCCUUCUGAUUUGAUUAUCUGUCUAUCGUGUGAUGGGGUGAAGAAAGUGAUCAAUGAAUGUGAUCCCCAUAACAUUAUGAAUGGUUUACGAAGUGUCUACGAAGCAUUAUAACCAUUGUGGCUGCAUGCAGUUAUUGAUUGUUGCUGUUUAUUUAUUUAUUAUUUAUUCUUAUCAGAUUCUUAUCAUUUUCUAUUUUUUACUAAUUCUGAAGUAACGCAUGCAAGGUAUUCUAACUUUCUGUUUGGUGUAAACAUGACAUGACUUUUUGCUCUCCGUCUCAAAGGGCACCCUAGUCCAUAUACAGUGCACUACUUUUUGACCAGGGGCCUGGGUCUCAAAUCCAAAAUGGCACCCUAGUCCCUAUAUAAUGAUCUACUCUUGACCAGGGCCCACAGGGUAGUGCACUGUAUAGGGCAGGGGUAUUCUGACCCUACUGUAUAGGGCAGGGGUAUUCUGACCCUACUGUAUAGGGCAGGGGUAUUCUGACCCUACUGUAUAGGGCAGGGGUAUUCUGACCCUACGAGGUCCGGAGCACUGCUUGUUUUCUGUUCUACAUGAUAAUUAUUUACACCCACCUGGUGUCCCAGGUCUAAAUCAGUCCCUGAUUACAGGGGGAUAAUGGGAUCAUUCUUUUGAUGAAUUUGAGGGAUAGACUUUUAGAGUAAAAGGUGCCAUCUAGAACCUAAAAGGGUUCUUUGGCUGUCCCCAUAGGAGAAUCCUUUGAAGAACCAUUUUUGGUUCAAGGUAGAACCCUUUUUGGUUCAUGGAUCCCAAAAGAGUUCUACCUGGCACCAAAAAUGGCUCUACCUGGAACCAAAAAGAGUUCUCCUAUGGGGACAGCCGAAGAACCCUUUUGGAACCCUUUUUUCUAAGAGUAUAUAAGGAAUAGGUUUCCAUAGGGAGGAAUAGGGUGCCCUUUGAGACGCUGGCCUGGUUUUGUUGACUUUGAGAGUGGCUUCAUGUUGAUAGAUAAUCAUUAUUUAUUUGUGUUGACUAUGAGAAUCUAAAGACUUUGCAAUGUAAAAGAAAAAUCGCCAGAGAUCGUAAUCUGGUAUGACAGUAAAUCUGUACAGUUUAUCAUUCUGCUGCAUACUAUUUUAUGUUGGUAACUUGUUUAACAUUUCAUCAGAUUAGAUUUGGUUUACAUUUUAAUGAGGGCUUUACAAUGUCCCCCGUCUUUUGACUUUGAUUGAGAAUUCCUAUAUUUUACAUGUUCUGUAUGUAUGUCUUUAUGAAAUCACCUUCAUAUAUAAUGAUAUAUGAAGGAUAUUCAUUCAUAAGAUGCACUUAAGUGUUGAAAAAGAAUGAGAAUUAAAAAAAUCUGUAUGAAUUUCAUUCAGUAGCUAAGCAACUGAA